AUGGAAAACGAACAUGCGUCAUCGACAGAAAUUUCAACAGAUUGUUCAAGCAAUACCGACAGUAUUCAAAAUAUCGAUAAUCAGUGCAAAGAAUCAUUGCAUGAAGAACAGGGGAAGGAAGAACAAAGGGACACCGAUUUAACAUUGGAUUUAAGAAAUGUGCUGCCAAACUAUGAUCCUACUUCUGAAAAUGAUGAUUCGUUAGACAAAUUAUCAGCUGUUCUUGAACAGCCAGAAGAUUCGUCGAUGAUUUUAGAGGGUGCACAGUCAGUAGAAGAUGAUCAAGACGAUAAAGAUUUAAACUGUAUUCUUCGAGAACGCAUAGAGUCGCUCAGUGAAGUAAUGAGAAAUUUAAAGGAGGAACUGGGAAGGGAAAUAGAUCUUUGGAAGAAGGAAAGAGAAGAGUUACAAUUCUUACGCGAAAAAGAUGAUGUAUUGGCCCUGGAAGAAGCAACUGCAGCUGCACGUGCAGCUGCGGCAGCAUAUGCUGCGGAAUCACCGUUAUCUAACAAUUUGGGAGAUGUUUUAGAUAUCACCUCUGAGGAUACGUUUAGGGAAUUGACUAUACUUGAAUAUGAGAAAAGAUUGGCCAAGUAUCAAGACGAGUACUCGUUUAAUCAAGCGGAGAAACGUUAUAACGCUCGAUGGAAAAUGGUUGCAAAUGCCUACGAACAGAAAUUGAUGGAAGUCGAACGACUUUGCAAGGAGGAACUAGAGAAGGUCCAAGAAAACGUGAACCAUUUGCAGCCAUUAAAAGAAAUGGUUUCACAAUGGUAUUUUGACGAUGAAAAUCACGGUGACUCGAUUAAAAAAAUUAAUUUUGUUACAAAUGUGCAAAAGCUUAAUACUAUUAACGAAGAUCUUAUGCGCAGUCGUCACAAAUUUCAAAAGAUCGACGCAGAAGUCAAUAUGGCGCCAGAAAUAUUUGUUGCUCGAUUUAAAUCUGACGAUUUAACAAAAGGUGACAAAUUUUAA